AUGUGCGAAGAGCCACACACAAAAACGUUAAAGGAGCUAAUAGAGGUUGCUUUGAACAAAGAAGAGGCCAUGGUGGCGUCUACGGCGUUUGCCUCGUCUGAAGUACACAAGAUGGAGGGAAGAUACUCAAAUUCGAGGAAAACAAACAACGCAAGUGGAAGCCUGAAGGAGCAGAAUUGGGACAAAAAAACGACGUACAAGAAGGAAGAAAAAUCAACGGACAACAAAGGCUCCCAAAACGGAGCGGCCGAUGGGUUGUCGAGAUUACCACCACCGGAAACGGGAAAAGUAGAGUCAGAUUUCGAUUAUCUUAAUUAUUUUGCUCUAAACGAUUUACCUAUUCAAAUGGAAGAUAUUAGGAAAAAAACCAAGAAAUACCCUAUACUCGGUAAAGUCUAUUCUUACUCGGAAAGUAACUGGCCAUCGAAAACGGACUUAAACCAUGAACUAGAACCGUUCGUAAAUAGAAGAACAGAGAUUAGUAUAGACUUGGGAGUAAUUCUUUGGGGCUACCGUAUAGUAAUACCGUCUAAAUUGAGAAGAAAAUUAUUAAACGAGCUACAUUCCACACACUUAGGUGCCAGCAAAAUGAAAAGUACGGCUCGUCAGUACUUCUGGUGGCCUAAGUUGGACUCUCAAAUUGUGGAUUGCGUUAAAAACUGUGACGCUUGCAAGGUUAAUGCGCCAAAUCCUGCGAGAGCGACGCUCAUUAAAUUCGAAGAAGCGCUAGAACCGGGGGAUCGCGUGCACAUAGAUUUUUUGGGCCCCUUUUGUAGAAAAAUGUUCAUGGUUAUAAAGGAUGCAUAUACUAAGUGUCCUGAGGUAUACCACAUGGCGAGCGUAACGGCACAAGCCACUGUAAACAAGUUAAGAGACUUUGUAGCGAGAUUUGGUUUACCAAAAAAAAUUGUCACGGAUAAUGGGGUGCAAUUUUCGGCAGAAGAGUUUAAAUUAUUUUGGAAAAAAAUGGGAUUAAGCAUGUGA